AGUACUAGUAGUACUUAUCCACUACGCUUCUAAAGUGUAAGGCUACCUCGGUAUGGGGGUACCCUUAGCCUGCUUUAUAUUAUUCAAGUUUUCCCUCGAUUUGGGUUCCACACCAUCUCAGUUUCUUUCCUCUUUGUUCAACAGUCGACCUGUAAGGGUAAUUCUCAUUCUAAUCCUAGCGUUACUUAAUUUACCAUAAUCCCGGGUUUCUUCCUUCUAGGGUCCCCAUCAUAACCCCUUAUAGACUACCUACUCGAUUAGUACCAGACGUCAACUCGCAAGUCAUGGCCCCGUCUGCUGUUGCUUCGACUGUCCAUGCCGGUGAACAGGACCUUGACCUGACGUCCUCUGCCCUUGACCAUAGAUCGGCAGAGAACGGCCAGUCUAACGGAAGUACUAAUGGUUCAAACGCUCCUCCGUCAUCGAAUGGUCAGGACAAUGGUGUUGCUCAACCGAACGUUCAUCAGCUAGAUGCUUCCAAGAUCACCUACACCUUCACUAAGGAACCACGAGAUGUUCCUCCCCCAGGUGUUCACUCUAUCGAUGGUGCUACAAUCUGUACCGACCACAUGAUUACGGUAGCAUGGUCCGCUAGAUCUGGAUGGAAGACGCCUGAGCUUAGACCAUAUGGUCCCCUGAGCCUCAUGCCGACUGCCUCCGUCCUUCAUUACGCCACUGAGUGUUUCGAGGGCCUGAAGGCUUACCGUGGCUUCGAUGGCAAGUUACGUUUAUUCCGACCCGACUGCAAUGCUGCCCGUUUCCUCAUGUCCUCAGUACGAAUCAGCCUGCCGUCUUUCACUCCUGCUGAAGUAGAGAAGCUACUCUUGGCAUUGAUGGCCGUAGAUGGCCCGAAAUGGCUAUCUCGUGAGCGUCCUGGCUCUUUCAUGUACCUUCGCCCAACUAUGAUCGGAACUCAAUCGCAACUUGGUGUACAGGCACCAUCAGAGGCUCUUCUCUACAUUAUCGCUAGCUACAUGCCCGUCAUGGACUCACCAGUCGGUGGUAUGAAACUCCACACUUCGCCGGACGACAUGGUACGCGCUUGGGUUGGCGGCUUCGGAUACGCCAAAGUCGGUGCCAACUACGGACCUUCUCUACUAGCAACUCAAGAAGCCCGCGCGAGGGGAUUCGGUCAAAUCCUAUGGCUAUACAGCAGCGAAGGAUACUGCACGGAAGCCGGAGCAAGCAAUUUCUUCGUCCUAUGGAAGAGCAAGGAAGGAAAGACUCAACUCAUCACUGCCCCGCUAGAUGACAGACUAAUUUUAGAUGGUGUCACAAGACGUAGCGUCUUGCAAUUGGCUCGCGAGCGAUUAGGCGAUGAGAUUGAGGUGGUCGAGAGGAAAUACACCAUCCAAGAGGUUAUGGAGGCCAACUCAGAAGGUAGACUCAUAGAAUCUUUCGCAGCUGGCACAGCGUACUUUGUCUGUCCAGUUUCGCUUAUCCACCACCGUGGAAAAGACGUCGAAAUCCCUAUGGGCAAGGCAGGUGAGGGUGGCCCAUACACUCUGAAACUGAAGGAUUGGCUUAAGGAUAUCAUGUAUGGGAACGUAGAACACCCGUGGGGCGUCGUCGUACAAGAGGAGCGUUAGGUUAUCCAAAUGUCCGGCGCCUAGCCGUAGUUGUCCGUCGCGCUGUGUAUCCUUCGCCAGCUACAGGUCUAGGGUUCCAAUGCUCCGCAUCGGUCGGGCAAGUGUCAUAGCUCGACGGCGCUUUAGAACUCAUUUUUACUCGGGUUGUUUACGCCCGAUAAUGUUUAUUGGUCAC